AUGAUAAAAAUAAAAAAAAUUAGUUAAAUGAUAGAAGAAAAACAAAUACAAGUACAACAAAAAAGAAAAAAUUAAGUGUCAAAUUCGAGAGAUGAGUACAAAUUGCUAAACCAGAACCUAAGCUUGAUGCACCAAUUGCACAAAUUUUAUUUCUACUUUUUAAAUAUUGAAUAAAAAAUAAAUAUUUAAUUAGUUUUUAAUAAGAAAAAUAUGAAAUAAUAAGAAGAAAUGAAAUAAUAAAAAUUAAGAAAGAUAGAAGAAAAAUAAAUACAAGUACAAUAAAUACAAAAGAAAAACUAAAUUAAAUCAAAAAUAAAGUUAAUAUACAAAUAAAAAGAACUUUAUUGUUUGAAUUAAAUUCAAUUUUAUAAAUAAAAAUAUCACAAUCCAAAGCGAAUAAACUGA